AGAUACUCGGCCACGAGCGCAGAGACGGCGGGGUAUUCAACGCUGCCGCUGGUUUAGGGUUGCUCAAUUACGACCAACAGCUCCCAGCUUGCAGGGAAAAAGCGCCUAUUUUUUUUAUUGACGGUUCUGGUUCUAUCGGAGAAGCAAAGAGACGGUCCACGUUACCAGAGCACCAGCACCAGAGCCAAGGUUCAGUCCAGCAGCGCCCAUCAGGAACAUGGCGGGCUUCCUCGUGGUGAUGAGCAUAAAUGUGCUGCUCUUGGUGCUGGCCAUUUUCCUCAUGUUUUUCGCGGACCCAGAGAGUCAUGGCUACGGCGGGCAGCUGUAUCGCCUCGUGUGCGAGGGGGGCCCGCGGAUGCUAAGCGCGGGGAUGCGCCUGGUCUUCGGCGAGGCCUGCGCGGGGAAGGUCUCGGAGUGCGGCAACUGGGUCAUGAACAAGCCCAACCGCCUCAUGCAGGGGUUCUACAUGGUGAUCGUCAACUGCUCCUUCAUUUGCUUCAUCUUCGAGGGGUUUCCACGCCUUCCCAACGACGUCCUCCCGUGGCCCUACCACACGGCCACAGGCUACCUGGUCAUGGCCGCCUGCAUCGGGUCCUUCGUGCUAGCGUGCAACGUCCCCCCGGGGUCCGUGAGGGCUCCCGCUGCCGAAGGCGCUUCGAAUCGACGGCGAAGGAGGGCGGGGGAGGGAGGGGGUGCUGCUGCUCCCGGGCGGAACGCCGGGGGGGGGAGGCACGCCGGGCUGUACCCGCACGACGGAGUGGUGUUCGUGGAAGGGUUCUGCAAGACUUGCCAGGUGGCAAAGCCGGCGCGAUCCAAGCACUGCCGGGUGUGUAACGUUUGUGUCCCUCGCUUCGACCACCACUGCGCGUGGCUCAACCAGUGCGUGGGGGAGGAGAACUACCGCAUCUUCCUGUUAUUCCUGAUCAUCCACAGCUCCAUGCUCUGGUACGGCACAGUGCUCACGUACGGCAUCCUCAAGUCGGUGGUGAUGAAGAGGAAGCUCCUGACGGCGAGGUUUUACCACAAGAGGUCCAAGACCUAUGUCCGCGGAAGCUACAGCGUCGUGCUACAGUACCUCAUGCACCACUACGGCAAGCUAUGCGGGCUCCUGGCGCUGUCGGCAACGAUGGCGCUGGUGCUGACGGGAUUCUUGUCGUACCACGUCUACCUCCUCCUCAAGGGCACGACCACCAACGAGAGCGCAAAGUGGGGCGAGACCGGAGAAGGACAACCGGCGGCGCCCGCAUCGGCACCGGUGGACGGAGACGGUGGGGAGGGACGAGGGAGAGGAAGAGGGGGAGGGGGGGGGCGGGGCGAUGUUUCGGACAGCGAUGACGACGACGCUGACGGCGGGGACAUCGGCGUGGAAGGAGACGGCGGUGUUGAUGGGGUGGGCGCUACCGCCGGCGCCGUUGAUUCUUCCGCCGCCGCCACCGGCGGCACCGGCAUGAGACGACGGGGGGGGCGGGGGCGAGGAGAGGCCGCGGCGGAGGCAGAGGAGGCAGAAGCAGAAGCACCAGCGGUGCCGCACCCGGGUCCGUUGCCGGACAACAUCUACGACAACGGGAUGUGGGCGAAUCUCAUGGAAGUUUUGUUUCCGAGAAGCCUGAGGAAAGAGGGAAAGGGCAAAGCCCUCCCACAUAGGGACCCCUUCCGACUCAGCUACAAACCCUACUGGGUGCCGGCGUGA